CAAAAAGGAAAAGAAAACAUCAUUAUCUUUCUUUAUCUUUUGAGUAUUUCUCUAAAACUUUUCUCAGUUCUUUCCCGCUUUCCUUCCCUCACGUUACGCAGUAGUCAGUAGCCAUGCAAUGAUAUACUUCAUUGAAAAAGAACAAAAGAAAAAAAAGACAAAAGAAAAUGUUCGGUGCGACUAUAAAUAGGUGAAGCAGCGCAGCGCAACGUGACGCUCUCCUCUCCCCGAUUCAAUCCGAAGCACAAAGCCAAGCGGUCAUCGAAACUGUGUACCGUGAUGGUGAGCACACUGAGCAGCAUUGUGAAGAAAAUGUGGUGCUGCGGAGCGGCGGCGACGACCCUCGACGCUCCCGGAGGACGCGUCCGCGUCCGCGUGGGCAGGCGCAGCGACGUCCCUUGCGAGCUCGUCGUGGAGGCGAGCCACCUGAACCACCCGCUGUUCGAGGACCUCCUCCGGUCGUCCGAGGAAGAGUUCGGGUUCUCCUACGACGGCGCGCUGCGGAUCGCGUGCGAGCCCGACGCGUUCCGGCACCUCCUUCGCCUUCUCGACGCGAGCCGCCGCCGCUCUCCGGUCCAUCACGCGGACCUCGCUUCCAAGUCGAGCGCGGACGACGGACGAAGCAAGUACUUCUUGCCGCCUUCAAGAUGACGAGACCAAUUCUCUUUAUUGAUUUCUUCGAGAUUUUACAAAGGCUCUCGCUUUCUUUUCUUUUAAUUUUCUUUUCUUUUUCUUUUGUUCUUCCUCUACACAAAUUCGCUUUAGAAAUUCUUUUGUUCCACGAAGCCUGCGUGAAUUAAGAUGGGUUUCAAAUGGAUAUGGUUAGAUCUGUAGAUUAUACAGUUUUUCUUUGUCCGAAUGUUUCCAUCGAUUCGUUUUAAUUCAUUGGCAAUAUUUGGGUGAUGUAAUAAUAUUUCGAAUUAAAUUUAACAAGGCGCUUAUUCUUACAAAGA